UACGCGGCACUCGCGAGGACGUUAGCCCGCCGACCGCCGGCCGCCGCACACGCGUCGCGCGCGUUACCAUGUCCCGCGCCCGUUCCAUGUGUUAAACUGUUAAAGUUGUUACUGUGCCUGGAUCACUACUCUCGUUCACUAUGGGUGAAUCACUGCUGAAAGAGGAUCCGCUCUCCAGGAUCCAGAGGGAGAUAAUAGAGGUCACAGAAAGAGAGAGAGAAUUCAAGGAAGGGCACUUCAGGGUGAACAAAAUGCUGUCGGAGUCGACGAUUGAGAUGAACCAUCAGAAUGGUCACAUGAAUGGUGACGCCGAGAAGCCGCCGCGUACGUUGAACCGUGCUGUAUCCACGUCACAGCUGCUCGGGCCCGUCGCCCCGUCGCCGCCCACACCACCGACCUUGCUAAACACAAAUGGCUACACGAGACGCUUCACACCUCAGAAUGGAACCAAAGGCAUCAUGCAAAGGUUCAUAGCCAACAAAGGGAAACUUCCUACAACCUCACCUAUGACGCCUACGUCGCCUGUCGCAUUCGCUCCACCUCUAAUCUUCACACCUUCCCCUGUAGUGGCCCCUAUCAGCCCUACAACGCCUAUCAUCACACGUACGCCCGAAGGCAAACCCGUGCGAAAAGGCUACGUACCUGUUGAGGAGAAAAUCCAGAAAGAGCUUCAAGAGAUGAAGGAUAGAGAACACGAGCUGAAACGUAUGAGGAAGAAACAGAGGCCUUUUGAUUUAGAGUUGAGCGAUAAUGAGACUAGCUCUGAGUCGGAGGACGAAGAGAUCCCGAUGCCAGGGAAAUUAAAGGCGACUAAAUCAAUAGGAGAGCUAUACGAGGCUUUAAAUGAUGAGCUGCGGUCUCCGUCGCCGAGAAACAGCUCAGGCCAUGAAUCUAUAGGAAGUUUGAAGCCGGCAAAAUCCUUGGCUGAGCUGUGUGAACUCAGUCCAGGACAGGAAUUCCUCGCGCCAAGUUCUACAAGACUCAUCGCGCAGUGGGAGUCCAUCAUCCAGCAGAAACAUGAAACUGGUGCGGCCUAACUGGUGUUACGAGAUAUCGUAUGAUAAGUCCAAUGUGAUCGUCGCUCGGACGCGGCGCCGAAAUGUGUGUGGGUUUUGGUAACUUUAUCUAGUGCGAAACACGAUACGGUACAGCGGACAGUCUAAUGAGCAGGUCGCGAGUGUGAGUGAACGCCUGGUGAAGAAAUUACAGCGGUUUUUGUCCCACAGACUUCAGCUGAUCGAUUUCUUUCAUCGAUCAGUCGCGGCGCGCAAUUAAUUUUCUCCCGAUCGCGAACAAUGCAAAUGAUGGUUAUCCGUAACAGCAAUUAUCUCGUGCAUGCGCUGUUGGAAAGCGGCCGAUACAUGAUCCGAACUCCUCGAAGUGUGAGUAAGUUUCUUCCUAUUGUUUGGUAGCUAAAUACUGAAAAACCUGGGUGUUUUGCGUCGCUUUCCCAGUCCGCGGGACAUGCCGCCGGCGCCAUUGUGCUGGCUUUCUUGGCGUUGUGAGAAAACUUAUGAUCAUAAAAACCGAUGAUUAGCCGGGAAUUCGCUCCCAGUGCCACAAUAAAGCGAUUAAUAACGCUAUUCAGCAUGACGUGGAUUGUUUUCUGUUUCCCGCGUGUCACCGCGGCUCUGUACGUGUGGUCAUUGCGUUAACUACGCCAAUAAUCUGUCAAAAGAUUAGGGAACUUUCUACUUCCACACAGUAGGAGAUUGAUGGAUGGGCUACGAAUGAGUGUUCGGCCGAAGCUGGCCUUCGAAUGUUUUGAUGGGCCGAGCAUCUCCAUUCGUGUUCAUAUUUCACUAUCAUUUAUAACUCUAAUGAGCGUUCGCUUGGCCCGUCAAUUGGGUCACUAGUGUUCCUUUCAAUUUCUAGUAUUAAUGUACUUAACUCUUUUCUUUAACGAGUGCCUUUGAAAGUCAGUAGUGUCAAAUAGCGUGCCUUAUUUACAUCUAGAUCUAGUGCACAGAUAUUGCUCUUUAUUUCUUUAAAUUUUAUAUAAUAUCCUAAUCUAAUGAAUUUUUACAUUCCAUUCUAUCUUUUAACUUUAUUUAAGGAACCAGUUCAAACAAUAAUGUUAAUUUGAGGCAGUUACUGAUUAAUUUUUAUGAUUAAUUAGUGCGUUAUGAAGGUAAAGGCAUCAACCUUGACUGUAGUUUCUUGAUGUUUCUUUUUCAUUUCUUAUGCAAUAUUGUUGCGUAUUUUUAUAUUCUAGUGCAUAGGCAAAACAACCAUGUCACUAGCCUUAGAUAUAGCCAUAAAAUGCGGUGUGUGUGGAAUGGGACACUGUCAUAACACGUGUUAUUAUGUCAUUCUAUGAAAAGCGUGCAAAAGAUUAAUAAUAUGUUGGGUUCUGAUUUUUGCAUUUUAUACAGUAUUUUUUAUAAGUGGGAUUGUAAUAGCAAUAGGGGUAGAUUUUGUGGUUAUUCGUUGGUAUUUGACAUAUUUGAAAACGUGAUAUGGCAUUUUCCCGAAAGGUUGGCAAAAUUGUUUUAAAGGCAUCCUCAAGUUACUCGUAAUCGAUUGACGAGAAUAGAUUUAAAAUUAUUAUUAUACCAAUUGCUAAUAACUCUUUAUUGGUGAAAUUUAGAGUACGACAUCGUAUUAGGUACUACCAUAAUUGUCUAUUUAGAGUUUAGAAAAAUACGCUAGUGUGCUUGAUCAACUGAUCUCUUUCUUACAGCGAAAAUGACGUGCGUAAGAAAAAGACGGAUGUAUUUUGUCAGCUUGACUGUCACACUUAACUAGUUUUGUACCAAUUAUGGUAGUACAGUUGCGUUUUGUCUAUUCUAUGUCAUUCCUUAAUGUUUUAGAGUCGGACCAAGGUAACUGUGCAUGGAAUUUGCAAAAUCAAAUUGUGGAAAUGUCACCAAUAACUUUCAUCAAAAUAUGACAUUUCUAAUGAUACUCCCUCAUUUUGUUCGUCCAAAUCGGUGCAAAGUUAUCUUAGACGGGCUGUAAAUAUAUUCUGCUGGACUAUUUUAGCAUAAUAAUAAAUUAGUCAAAUUAAUUUAAUUUUAUUAGUUACUAGAGCAAAAUAAUAAUAAUUGAGAUUGAUAGUAUUAAUUGUUGCAAUAAGGCCGAUGGUGCCACCAUAGGAUCUUGUUGAAAUAUUUAUUAUACAAAAUGCUCGUCCAAAUAUUGGCGACAGCUAGGUAUUUAUAAAAGCCAUCCUGAAUGUUUUUCUAUUGGAAAAUAACUGAGACUACAAAAAGUAUAGAACUUGUUCAACUUGUACACAUGUCUAUUUGCAACACGACGUUGAAAAUCGGUGAUAGAAAUUUUAUAGUUUGUCUAACUUUAGUCUUCACCGCUAUUUUUUUUUUUUCAAAAUAUGUCGCUCCUAUAGUUGCACCGAAAACUUUUAACUUAGCACUCCAAGGUCAAUGUGGGUAAAACCGGAAUAUAAAAUUUUUGGUUGUGAAGACCGUAUAGGGCAAGAAAUCGUAUUUGUACGUACUUCACUCAGACACAGUCAGAAAGGAAGAGCUUCUCUCCUGCUCUACAUUCUGUAAGAGGAAUAUGUGUACAAACAUAAGAGUUAGAAACGACGAAAGAGUUUGCAGAUCUGAAGGUCUGCUCCACAUUGACCUCAGGUACCUUAGAAAACUAUUAAAGGUCGCUACAUACGUAUAAUCGCAACAUUUUUUCAUCCGGCAUACGCAAGAAAAUUUUAUAAAUAUGAUAACGGGAGUGUUUCGUCUAUAUUUUGAUUUUCCCAACGAGGCUUUUAUGAUACAACGUCGUGUUGCACUUAAAUAUGCCUGUGCUAUGCAAUUACUUAUGCUAUUAAAAAAACUUUUGAAUUACUACAUGUAGGUCCAUGAUGGAUACUUUCUUAACGUUCCGUAAAAAAUGUGAUAAUAAAUUGCCUUAAUAUUGUUAACUUUACAUUAUAUUAUAUACAGUUUUGUAAAAUACCGUUCCGACCGUUUACAAAUGAAAUGAACUACUUAUUUAUAUUGUGCAUAGUAGUUAAAUUGUUAAUUUAUACAUAUUUAAGUUUUUGAAAUAAAUACAUUGUGAAAAGCA